GCCAUCUGCAACAAAAAUCUCCAAGAAUCUGUGUGGAGAAUUCUGUCAUGUUCCUAAGCAUUGUCUUUGGGUCAAAAACUCCUCAGCUUUCAAGUAGGGGUCGAACUUGCUGGAUAUGCGAGAAAAGAAAUAGAAACAUUUCAAAGUUUCCUUGUUUUCUGAGAACAGUCAACUGCUUGUUCAGUGAUAAACCAGUUGAAGGACCUUUUCCAGGUCGUUUUGGAAAGUGGUACCUUACAGAAAGAGAUGUGUUUGAAGUUUGGUGUUAUAGAGGUUCUUUAGGAGUCUCUUCUCUUUGCCUUGGCAUCAGUUUAGUUCUUGCUAACUUUUUUCCCGAUAUUCCACACCGUUUUCUGGAUCUUUCCAUUUGGCUGAGUACUUUGUCACUUUACGUAGCGUUAUGGUACGUUCACAUCUAUGCAAAAGUACUUAAGCAAACCCUACAGAUUCUUUGGUUUGUGGGAGUUGUGGGAAUGUUAUUCGUUCAGUUUUCUUCAGAGUCAAAUGGCCUUGUCUUGGAAACUGUGAAACACCCUUCCUCUUUGUUAUUUUCAGGUUGGACUCUUAUUGCAUUCAGUGGACUCUUGUUUAAGGAAGCUUUCUGUUACCGUCAAUAUGAAGCCAUAUUGUUGACUUUCAUGGUCCCUGCUCUUUCAAUUGGACACUUUCUUUCUUUAUUAUCUGCCGAAACAGCAAAUAUAUUAUCAUUUUUCACUAGCUUAUCGUAUAUUUAUUUUGUAGUAAGGAAGUUUAGCUCACCGGUUGUGAAUGACCUUGGAGACAAAAGCAUCUUUGAGUUUCUGGAUAAACAGACUCCAUAAAGUUCUUAGAGACGUCAAAGAAUA